AAACUCCGUAAUCUUUCCGCUCACCAAUUCCACUACAAAGACACGCUCGAGUGGAUUCACAUUAACGAACAUUCCGCAAAUUGCUGCAGCCCCACAAACCGGUUAAUAAUGGAGCCUGCCCCGUUUGAAACGGGACGGCCCGGAAUCAGUAGCAGAUGGAGCCAGGUUAGCAAGGGGCACGGGCUCUCCGACUCGGACAUCAUGGGCCGACAGAGAUACUUUGAAAAUUCAAGAAAUCCGGAAGUGGUGCAGGGGGUUGUGAGUCGAGUCAGCAACCCAAGCCUCCCGCCAGCUGGUUGCUCCAGUCACGUCCUCCGUAAUUUCCUCCAGGAGCAACAGAAGAUCGUGUCGGGGUUCAGGGCUCAGCCAUGGCCCAUGCAGAUGAAGAUAGCGGCCGUCAAGAGUCACAAUGGGAAUAUCAACAAACACACCUCACAGCUGAAGAUGGCAGACUACUGCAGGUCUUGUGUGAGCAAGGUGGGGAGGAAGGUUCGUCUAAAGCUACAGGUCCUGUUAGAAGUGAUGACUCUCUGGAGAUCCAUCAUCAAACAUAUUGAGGGUCAAUCAGGUACAAGUGUGGCCUCUUUCUUUGUGUUUCUUCGCUGGCUGUGUGCCCUCAACUGCUUCCUGUCUCUCCUCAUCCUCUUCUUCAUCAUCAUACCCCAGGCCAUCUUUGGUCACGGACUGGACGUGCCUCCUGCAGUCAGAGAGAACGGAACUGCUCUAUCAUUUCUAUUGGACGGGAAGGGGUACCUCCUGGAGUACUCUGUACUGUUCUACGGGUACUAUGACUCUGGACAGAAUGAACCGUACGGAGCUCCUCCCCCAAACCCGGAGCCUUACCUCUCUCCUCUCCACUACAAGCUCCCUCUGGCCUAUGCACUCGUCAUCCUGGGGGUCUUUGUCUUCUACUGCAUCGCCAUCCUUAUCAAAAUGGCCAUCAAGUACAGGACGCUGCAGAAGGCGUCAGUGGGCGAGCGAUUCCCUUUUUCGUGGCUGGUUUUCAACAGCUGGGACUUUGCCAUCACGAAGCCUGCCACUGCCACCAGCAAGAUGCUCGACAUCACCAUCUCACUCAAGGUCUGGGCAACAAACAUGAUCUUACCGCCUUCUAUCGUCCUCACUGCUCUACAGGAAACUCUGGCAGAAACCAGACAAACAGUAGAACAUAAACUAAAGAUCGGAGUGAUGUUGAUGAGGGUGUGUACAAACCUCCUCAUCUUCAUCACCCUGGCCGGGACCAGCUACGCCAUCUACCUCGCUGUCGACAAUGCAGAGGCCAAAGUUCACCGCCGAGACUUCCACGGGGCCUUCAACAGCGGAACACAAGGAUUGGUUCUUUUCCUGGCCUCCUUUCAGGUCCAAGGAGUGGUGACAGCUCGUAACCUGGCCCUGCCCUACAUGUUCCAGAUGGCAGAGUGGCUGGAGAAUUUCCACCCUCGAACGGCGCUCAAAAUGAGGCUGUUUAGACUGUUCCUCCUCUACCUCUCUUCCCUCUACGUCCUCAUCAUCUCUCUCUUCAGCCUCAGCUCUCAGUGUGGAGGAGGAGGGGGAGGGGAAGAUGGGCGUGGCUGUUGCUGGGAGAACAACAUAGGGCAGGAGCUGUUCAAGCUGAACCUGACUCACCUCCUGGCCGACACGGCCACCAUGACUGUAGACGUGUCUCGCUGGGUCCUCCCAAAGAUACCACACAUGGGGAAGCUGGGAAAACUGGCAGAAAUGAUAGGACCGACAGAAUUCCGACUGGCCGACAAUGUCCUCAAACUGAUCUACGGACAGGCUCUGGUCCUGUUGGGAGUCCUGUUCUGCCCCCUCCUCCCCCUCAUCGGCCUCGUCAAGUACAUCUUCAUCUUCUACUGCCGCUCAGUGGUCGUCUACUACUGCAACCAGCCGCCGCGAAACGUAUUCCGCGUGUCCUCGACUCUCAAUUUCUAUCUGGGCAUCCUCCUGGCCACUGCCCUCCUCUGCUCAUUCCCAGUGGGGUAUGCCAUGUUCAGCAUCUCUCCUUCCAACACCUGCGGUCCAUUUAGAGGGCUGGAGAACAUGCUGUACAUACUCCUGGAUGAUAUAGACACCUGGCCGCAAGUACUCCAGAUAGCCAUUGACAACAUGAGGACAGCCACUGUCAUUGUCCCUAUCCUUGCUCUACUGGGGCUGCAGAUCUACUACUAUGCAGUGAUGUCCAGUGCUCUGAAGGAAGUUAACAAGGACCUGAAACUCCAACUCAGAAUGGAACAUGCUGACAUAAGAGAGAAGUUGGCGCAGUUUCGCCAGCCUCCUCCGCUGGCCUUCGGGGCUCCCGGCCAGCGCCACCUCCAGCUGCAGCAGGCCCUGGAGUCCCAGCAGAUCUCGGAGCGCAGGCUCUCCCUCCACCAGAACCCCAUGAUGGCAGAACCAGACACCCCUCACCAUCAUCACACCUCUCAUCCUCCCCCCAGUCACCACCCUCACCAACAACCCUCCCAUCCUCACACCAACGGUCUUCUAGAUCAAAAUGAGCAGCAGCAGACUCCUGUAGUUAAACCACCACCAAUGCUAGCAUCAAGCCACACCCACCACUGAAUCACAUGAUCAUCGCAUGACUGAUACAAAUAGAUACUGUGUGGUUAUGUGUAUGACAGAUGAUAUGAUGUUGCGAAGAAAUGGCAAAGUCAGUUACACCGUCUCUUUCUCCUCUUCGUCCACUUCCUCCCCAAUCUCCCCACCCUCACUACUCCACUUACACUCAUCCCCACUUUCCCACCCCUCCUCCUCCCUCUCCUCCCCCUCCUCGGGGUCACUGGGGUCGUUGCCGUGAGUACAACCACCCACACUUCCCCCAGACUCCUGACCCCGUGUGAGCCCCUGUUGUUGCAGCUCAAUCAUCUCCUUCACUUCAGGAUGCUCCUUCCACUUGUCUGAAAUGAGGCGUACUGUUAAAUUUGGUCCAUUGCCAAGAACGUCAUUCCGACAUUAGCUGC